AUGUUUUAUUUCCAACAUAAGAUUAAAAGUUAUUUAUUACUAAAUCUAAGGAAACACACGCCUCGGAGAUUGUGUACGCAUACUUAUGAGUCACUUAUUAAUUUGCUUAAACGCAAAUCUUUCUCCACCUCCAGUAUAAAUAAUUUCACCAGGGAAAUUGAGCCUUCAUAUAAUUUUGCUUCGAGAAUUCGUCAUACUUUACCGCGUCAAUUACGUCCUUGGUCACGAUUAGAAUUAAAAGUUUUGGAUACUCUUGUUAAAAAACAUGGACAAGACUGGGAUAAAGUCGCCAAACAUAUACCCGGUAGGAAUGCUGGUGAAUGUUGUAUUCAAUACUAUUCCAUGCCCUUGUAUUAUCGUGAACUUCGUGAUGAAGUAGAAAAUAUAAAUACAAAAGAUACUAAAUCUUCUGAAUUCAAGACAAUUUUCUCUGAAGAAGAAUGUAAAAUUAUAGAUAAUUUACUCGAAAAAUAUGGUUGUAGAUGGUCUUUAAUUUCAAAUCAAUUCCCGUCAAAGACUCCAGAGUUAAUAGAAACAUUUGUAUAUGAAAAUUUAAAUAAGUUUCCUGCUUUAUUAAUGCUUUCUGAUAAUUCAAUUAGAAAUAAAUCUUGGUCAGAUAGUGAAAUGAAAUUACUUGAUAAUUUAUUUAAAAAAUAUUGUCGAAAUAAUAAUUUAAUUUCACAAAGAAUAUCUAAUAGAUUAUCAGGAUCUAUGUCUCGAUUAUUAUUACGUUUUCCACAUAAAUUACAAAAAAUUCGUAAUAUAAAGACUUCAAAAUGGUUCAAGAUCUCAAGUCCAUGGACAGAACGUGAGACAUGUUUAUUAAAUGAACUUGUUGAACAAUAUGGUAAUGAUUGGUCCUUAAUAUCAACUAUGCUUCCUGGGAGAACUGCAUACGCAUGUAAAGAUAAAUAUUAUUCUUGUUGGCUACCGUCAUUAUCAUCAAAUAAAGCUGAUUUGGUAAAACAUAGUUGGCCACAUGAGGUUAUUCAGCUUUUAGAUCUUUUAAUAUCAAAGUAUGGAAAAUGGCAAAUAAUUCCAACCCUUUUGCCUGGUAUUUCACCUAUGAAUCGCCAUGUACGUACAACAACUCUUACACGAGGGUGGAAAGAACGAGAAAUAUCAUUAUUAAAAGAUUUAAUAAAAAAAUAUGGUCAGAAUUGGAAGAAGAUUCAAUUAUAUUUUCCGCAUAAACAAUUAAAAGCAAUCGAAUUUCAUGUGAGGACAAAUCCCCAACUUUAUUAUAUAGAAGGACAAGAAAAUGAGGUUGAUCUUUAUGAAAUCCAACAACAUUUUUGUAUACGAAGACCUUGGUCUGGAGAAGAAACAAGAAAACUUUUAGAAUUAAAAUCUCAAUAUGGUACUGAUUGGCAUAUAUAA